AUGGAACAAUUUAGUGGUUAUGGUGCAUCCAGUGUAUUUCGAAGAAGUUAUUCUAGUCAAACUUCAUUAGAAAUUAGCGUUCGAUGUACCUAUAAGAUUCGUCGUCCAGAAACACGUGCAAUCGAUAUCACAGAAAUGUCAGUAUUUGAAUAUGAACAAGAGGUACUUCUUAUGCCCAUAAGUAUCUUUCGAUUGGUUAGUAUUGAUCAUAAUGCAAAUGAAAAUGUAGCUGAUAUCGUACUCGAAGAUUGUGAUCUACCAUCUAAAUAUGAUCUCGUCGCGCCAAUAGUUCGAUGUGAUUUUGCUGAAUUUUCAAAUACUUUAUUGGUUGCGCCUUUCGUGCAGGUAUGA